UCAAGACUCUUUUUCCAACACCAAAAUGCUUUUGACUUGGACCAUUCAUGAACCUUGAAAGCAAACUUGCUGCAAACAUAAUAUCUUGACGAGUUGCAGUGAGAACCUUGUGCCUUGCAUUUUGAAGAGUUUUCUCCAAAAUCAAGUCAUGAAAAUUUUAUAUCUGUCCAUUAUGAUCGAUUGAGGUAUUCCAUGUAUUCAAACCACUUCUUCAAUAAACCACUUCUUCAUGGAAAUUGUGGCUGGGAAAAAGAACAUGAGAAGUCACCCGAAUGAAAACUUUGCAUGCCUUCUAGAUUGGGCCAUUUCCUUACAACAAAAGGGAGAUAUAAUGGAACUGGUGGAUCCAAAGUUGGGGUCCAAAUUCAAAAAAGAAGAGGCAAAAAGAAUGAUUAAGGUAGCUCUAUUGUGCACAAAUCCAUCACCUUCAGUUUGCCCCACCAUGUCUGUUGCAGUGAGCAUGCUUGUAUUCCUGAGUUGAGCUUGUACUCAAGUGUUCAUGGUGACCAAUCAAGAUUCCAGGCCUUGACAGAAUACAUGGAUCAGUUGAGAGAUCCUAAUCCAGGAGAAUCUAAGAGUUUUUUACAUUAAUCAUUUACUACAAUGAAGAACUCUUUCUUUACAUAAUCUAGACUAGAUUAAUGUACCAAAUCAAUCAUAAAUCAUACUUCUCAUCAGCAAGAAAAGUCAUCUACAUACCA